AUGGGGGACGGGCGGUUCGCCGGCGUGGACUGGCGCCUGGGCUCCUACGCGCCCGCCUGGGGACAGCCCCUCUACCUGGGGGUCCCGCCCAGGUGCAAGGCGGCCCUGACCCCCUUCGACGACUGCUCCAGCUCAGGGAACAAGGAGUUUUACCCGAAGAAAGAACCCGGUUUCCACCCCCCCGCCAAGGACCACGCGGCGCCGCAGCUGCUGGGCAAGGGCCAGGCAGGGCAGGACAGAGACGGGGAGGGGGAGCCGGCGGGGCCGGAGCCGCCGGGAGCCCCGUGGAGGGAUGGCCGAGCCGGGGGCAGCUCGGCGGUGCCCGCUGCCCACGCCCGAACGCCUCCCCCCAGCGCCAGCCACCCCCUCUUCCUCCUGCAGCCCGGCGCGGGGGGCUGCGGGGGUCCCUGGGUGGGCGCGCGGCCCCACGGCGCCGAUUUUUCCAUGGAAACGGGGCCGGGACGGCCCUCGGAGCCCAAAGAUGAGCGCCUGGGGUACCAAAGCCUCCAGCCCGGCUCGCCACCGGGAUCCAGGGAGCCCAACCCGUCGCCUCUGCUCGCGGACGGGCACUACCCGCCGGCUCUCGCCAAGCCGGAGCCCCCCCCAGCCUGUCUCUGCCCCACCCCGGGCUGCGAUGGGUGCCCGGGGGUGGGCUGCAGAGUGCCCAACCCCUUCGAGCCCGCGCUGGGCAUGCCCGGGGGGCGUUUCCCGUGCCCCCCCAGCAACCACACCAAGCUGAAGAAGACGUGGCUGACGCGGCACUCGGAGCAGUCGCUGCCUCGCCUCAAGGCUGCCCGGCGGGACGGGGGUCCCGAGCCCCCCGGGGAGGGCAAACGCUCGGCCAAACGCCCCCAUGGCACCGCCGAGGGACCCCGAGCUGCCAGCGAGGGCGCCGGGGCGGCCAAGAGGGGCACGAAGGCCACCGUGUGCCCCGGGGAGGGCACAGAGAGCCGAGGGGACCCCGAGGAGAGGAGGAUGGAGCUGGGAGAGGGAGAGCCGCCGAGCCGGCAGGAGCCGUGGUGCCUGCAGAGCCUGCCCUGCACUGCGCUGCCCCCGGGCAUCCCCCGCUGCUGUGCCUGUGCCCCCCUGGGCGAGGAGGAGGAGGAGGAGGAGCCCCCAGAGAGCACCUGUAGGCUGCUGCACUUCCGCAGGUUCGCCCUGGGGGACAACGGGGAGCUGAGUGUUGACGGCCUCUGCACCCUGGGGGAGGCCGAGGGGGAGCUGCCGGAGGAACCCGGCCCCGAGCCGGGGGGCAGGAGUGUGGGGAGCAGCCUCUGCCUGGCCAAGUACCUCCUGGGGGUCCUGGGGGACCCCUUCUGCGACGCCGUCCGCAGGGACAGGGACACGUGGCCGGGAGCCCCCGGCAGGCCCGAGGGGGUGAUGGCCUGGAGGCGGGGGGAAGGAGCCCCCCAGCUCUGCGACGCCUGCCAGCGCAGCUUCUUCAACUCCCACUGGAGCUGCGCCAGAUGUGGCUUCCAGCUGUGCCCCGCCUGCCACCGCAGCAGGAGGGAGGCCGACGGCCCCGAGGGUCCAGCACAGCCGCCUCAGUGCACCCCCGGGCCAGAGCACCCCGUCACAGCCCUGGUCCCCACGCAGUUCGUCCCCACCUGUGUCCUGACCAGGCUCUGGAAGCUUCUGCACGAGGUCAGGGCCAAGUUUGGCAUCGAGUCCCACUGUCCCUGCAGGGAAGGGGCUGCGGAGCAGAGCCCGGCUGAGCCCCCGGGCAGGCAGGAGCCGCCGGGGGCCGCGGUGCCCACCCUGCCACCCCCCAGCCACGGCCAAGCCAACACCUCCCGGCCCAUCAAGGAAGAGAGCCCCGAGGGGGGGCCACCAUCACCGGGGCAGCCCCCGGCCCGGGGGGCCAUGCAGACCACCACCCUGUGCGACCUGCUGGCCUCCACCGCCGUGAAGCUGUGCCUGGGGCAGGACGGGGUGCGCAUGGCCUUCGCCCCCGUGGUGCCCACCCUGCCCAGCGACAACCGCCUGACCAGCAUCCUGGACAGCAUCAUCGCCCGCGUGGUGGAGAAGAAGAUCCAGGAGAGGCAGGUGGGGGGCGAGCUGAGCCCGCCCAGCACCCCCGAGCCCCCCGCAUCCCACUGCGUCCUGGAGCCCAGUGGGCUGCUCUGGCUGCACGACCCCGGCCAUGCCAGCAACUACAAACUCUUCCAGGAGCACUGGCGGCAGGGCCAGCCCGUGCUGGUUUCAGGGCUGCAGAAGAGGCUGGAGGGGCGGCUCUGGGGGCCGGAGUCGUUCCGCCCACCCCGGGGGGAGCAGGAGGUGGAGGCGGUGAACCUGCGGGCGCCGGCGAGUCGUGUCCGCCUGAGCAGCCGGGAGUUCUGGGAUGGCUUUGCUGCCAGUGCGGCAUCCCCGGAGCAGGAACAGGGCACUGGGGACUUGCUGAAGCUGGAGAGUGGCUUUGGGGACAUGGAGCUGAGCCGGACCACCAACCUGCGUGCCAGCCUGCCCCUGCCCGAGUACUGCGGGGCCAGCGGCCGCCUCAACCUGGCCACCCACCUGCGGGGCCGGCGGGGCCGGCGCUGGCUGCGCCCACGUGUCUGUGCAGCCUAUGGUGUGCACCCGCGGGACCGGAACGUCGGGACCAAAAACCUGUUGGUGGAAGCUGCCGAUUCCAUCAACAUCCUGGUUCACGCUGCGGCGGCACCGCGGGAGGUGCUCCUGCCCGGCGACACGGAUGACGUGGAUGCGGCGCUGAGGGAGCGGCUCAAGGACACGGGCGGCCGGCCCGGGGCACUGUGGCACAUCUUCCGUGCCGAGGACGCCGCCCGGAUCCGGGAUUUCCUGAGCAAGGCAUCCGAGGAGCCGGGGCAGGAGGGGGUGGCCACGGGGGAGCCCCCCGGGCGCUCCCUGGACCCCCCCGGGCGUUACCUGGGCGCGGCGCUGCGGAGGCGGCUGCGGGAGGAGUGCGGGGUGAGCGGCUGGACCCUCCUCCAGUGCCUGGGGGACGCCGUGCUGGUCCCCGCGGGGGCUCCCCACCAGGUACAGAGCCUGACGGGCACCAUCAGCGUGGAGCAGCGGUUCCUGUCCCCGGAGAGCUCCGCCCGCCUCCGGCUCCUCGGCCCCGAUCCCACCGGGACCACACGCCAGCUCCACGCCCAGCUGGAUGGGAUGAUCUUCGCCGCCGUGCGGGAGGCGCUGGGGGUCCUGCGGGGCUGCAAGUGAGCCCGUAGAAUGCUGGAAGGAUGCUCUGACAAGUCUGGGAUGGGGGCUGGACGUGGGCCUGGACCCCCAGGGAGC